UAUUAUAGGUUGCAUGACCUCUGAAUAUCUCCUGCUUGAAGGAAACUGAGUAAUCAAGGCUGAGUGCAAUUUCCUGUGGAAGAGGCUGGAGGCAGAGUUUUCGGGGCGAGGGGGCGAGGCAGAAACUUGUCCAUUUGUAACUAAACAUUGCAAUAAAGGACAAGGUGCGGAGGGAAACGCGUUUCCCAUUACUUUAUGCGGGAAAAUUUAUGAAGUGUAUGCAAUCGUCAUAAAAACGGGGUGGAGAGCAGAAGCCAAGUUUGGUUUGAGUUUUGUUUUAGCCAAAAUUAAAGGAGGCUGAAGACGGGGUUAGGUGGAGAGCUGGCAGCGGGAGAGAAUCAUAUGGAGAAGACAGUAAGAUGACCCUCAAUUUGUUGGAACAUUGUUAAUAGAUUCAACCCAAAGGCUCAGUCCGAUGUCCCAGGUGAGAAGCGAGCCGCCCCGCCGUUCUGACUCACUCCAUGGAGACCCCCAGGUGGAUCUGGCGCCCGUCCCAUCCCCCAGCACAGGCCAAGCUACAAACUCAUGCCCUUCCUCCAUGCUGAAUUCAGCGAUAGCACCGGCGACUCCAAAUGCACCUACCCCAGUUCUUCUUUCUCAAAAUCAGACCACAGAUGGGAAGGAAGAAAACCCAUCACAAGAACAUUCAGUGUCUCAUACAUGUCUGGUAAAUGGGACAGCACCUUCAAAGAGGAAAUCUGAGGAUGACUCUACAGAAGCAAGAGAAGCUAUAACACGCCAGCCUCAAAGCCGAGUAACCGUCCGGACUCCUCCAACUCCAACUUUCAUUCCUCUGCUGCAGAAUGGUGCUGGACAUGUGCCAGACCUCAGCAGUUCUAAUGGUGAAGCUGGGAAUGGUGUCUUGUGCACUGAACCCAACUUGCUGUCAAGCUCCCAGAAGCCUCAUCGGAAGCUACAGUCUCAUCACUCUAUCAACAGCCAGAUCAGUAAAAAGAGUAAAGGAAGCUCCAAAUCUGCAUCCUGUCAGAUUCCUACUGAGGCACAGGAAGAUUGCUGUGUCCACUGCAUCCUCUCCUGCCUCUUCUGUGAGUUCCUGACCCUCUGCAACAUCAUGCUGGACUGUGCCACUUGCGGCUCCUGCAGUUCUGAGGAUUCUUGCAUCUGCUGCUGCUGCUGUGGCUCUGGGGAAUGUGCCGAUUGCGACCUGCCCUGUGACAUGGACUGUGGCAUUAUUGAUGCAUGCUGCGAGUCGGCUGACUGCCUCGAGAUCUGCAUGGAGUGCUGUGGCCUGUGCUUCUCUUCCUGAAACCUUCCUGGAACCAGAUCUCAUUCCCUGAACAGAAACUGAGUGUGAAGAAAACUUUGAUAAUGAGGGCUCCAGUGUUCUCUCCCACCGUCAAAUAAUCUGGAUCCAAAGAAGCUAAGUUUGAAACAGCAGAUGAGCCUCAAGGAGGUGAUGGUGUUGACUCUUAUCAGAACCAAAAUUCUGGGCUCAAAAAGUGCUUGGAAGUGGCUCUUCUUUUUCCAGACUGACACUAAAGAUUUGCGGGAUUACUGAAGGACAAGUGGUAGAUGAGCUCACUUUCUCUCUCUCUCUUUCCCUUCCUAUCAGAUUCCUCCUAAUGGAGGCUGGGGAAGAGCGGUGUUCCUGCUGCCUGAGCCGAGAGCAGGAGAAGAAUAUCUGCAUAUCCAGCUACGUUGUUUGGCAGAGAUCUGGAGCAGUCACACAGAGCCCAAAGUUCAUAGAAUCAUAGAUCAUGGACAUGCUGUGCUGCUUGGAUCUACUGUGCCAGUAAGCUAUGCCACCUACUGGCAAUCAGAUCCUGCUGCUGUCCAAGUCCUGGAUUCCCCCACCCUUUUUUUUUCUAGUUCUGGUGCUUUUUGGUUGGUGAAAGUACCUUAAGUGUACUGACAAGUGUACUAGUUGGCAAUAUUGCUGUCUCCUGGCUGGAUACUGAGCAUCUUAGGUGCCCAAGGGAAUGGCAGUUAGCCUAGCCAAGAUGGGAUGUUUUUGUGCAGCUGCUCUGUGCCCAUCCCUGGUGCUGUAGCUAUUGCUGGAUUGUUCCAAUGGCAUGAUGAAAGGAAACCAAAACCUCAGAGCAGCCCUUAACCCAAUGAGAAAAGGACUUGUGAGCAUCCCUCUACAGGAGCUGACCUGUUCUGUGAACUCUUAGGGGAAUCAUAUCUCAUCCCUGUCCCGCCCCCAUCCCUUACUAAUCCUUUUGCUGUGGACGUAUUGGCGCUUAUGGGUAGCCCCAUCCAGUCAGUACACACCUGUCUCCAUGCUCCUUUGAGGAUCUCUUUGCCAUUUCCGGUGUUUGAAUGAGAGACUUUUAAAGAGGAUGGGGAUGCAGUAUAAGGGUGAAAGAGGAUAAAAGAAUGCUCUUUCUCUUGCCUUUUCCCACAACAGGCAAACAUGCUAGGCCUAACUCAAAGGCAACAAUCCAUUUGAUAACUUCUUAACAAGAUACUGGACACUGACAGGAUAGCCUACCAAAAGAGCUAAAUUGGUAACUUGUCUUGAGACCACAGGGUGGGCCAACGGAUACCACCUCAAAUAUGGGCAGUCUUGCCAUACGGAGGCCCCCAAAUCCUUUCUGUGUGUGAUGGGUUUAUAUUUUGUCUGUUUUUAUUUGUUACUGUAAAUAAUAAAAAUAAAAAUCACUUCUGGCCCAGAGAAUAAUUCAUUGUUGCAUACUGGCUUUAGGAGUGAAACUACUGCACACUGGUAGGGAAGUAUCUUUCAUAAGGCCAAUUGGGAUAUGACACCCCAGUACAAAAUACACAUGCCACAUAUCUGAGUAUAUGAAGCUUUACCUACCUUGUCUGUGUUCUUUUGUUUGAAAUACAUGCUAGUAACAAUCAGUUAAUAAACUUGUGUAUAUUUUGCAUUUUGGGCAUCAUACCUAAGCACAAAAUAUUUUGCUUUAAAUAGCAUAAAUUUAGAGGAGGACCUUUCUGGGUAGCUGUUCUUUUGGAUGGAGACAGGUAGGGAGUAAAACUUGGAUUGGAAUAUCUGAAAGGGGUCUCACUAGAUAUAUCUCCAUGAAUCUGAGGAUGGAUGGAAAGAACUGCAAAAUUCUGACCCCAUCCUAACUGUAA